UUUUUUGUAUUACAGUACACUUGACUGGUGAUAUCAACUGUUACCCUUCCCAUCGAUCGAGGCUAUUUACCAUCAUAUCCCAGGAGCUGUAUGAUGCUUACGUGCUUGGCGCUUCCCCAUGAAGAUAAUAAUAUGUGCAAGAAAAUGGCAGAUGCACAGGCAAGACCACAAGGCCAACAGCAGCAACAAGGCCAGAAGUUGGCCCUGGCAGAACUAAGAACUGUGAAAUGGGUGGCUUCGCAACCUCUUGUGAAGGAGGCUUUCACUGUCGUCAAGCCACGGUACAUCUCACUAAAGCAAGUCGCCAUACUAGGCUGGUUCAUCGUCUUCUAUGAGAUGGUGUUCGUGUGGUGGUGGACCUUCGCACACAACCUGCCAUGGCCAGGACUGAUGCUCUCCAUGCUGGAUCAGACUGACUCCUUGCUUGUACGUCUACUGGACUUCGCACAACAGAGGCUGGAGUGGGACAGUCUUACAACAUACGCCUCCACACCAAGACAGCAGAGGAGAGGCUGCGGGCAGCCAUGUACCACCGUGUCAAGAAAGAACUCCGUCUCAUGAGGAAAAACUCCAUCAGGUUCUCCUAUGGCAUAGUAAACUACGCCAGACAAAUGGUGCAGCCGCGAGUGCGUCCCUACGCAGAGUCCUUCCAAGCCUACUGUCAAAAGUGGGCAAAGGCGUACGAGAUACCGGAGUUGAUGGCUCCUCUGCAGGAGGAGUGGAGCAGCGACAAGCACCUGCUGGCGAAGGUGGUGGCUCUCGCCAGGGCUCUCUGCGUCGUCUACCUCGGUUUUUUGCUUCGUCUGGUGAAAGGAAAGAAGAGUCGACGAACUCGGUCGAUGCGUUCAGAGAGUCUGCGGCGGCGAACACAAAACCUGUCGUGCAGCGGCAGCUCGCUGCCACUAAGCCCCUCAGCCCUGCAGCAGUCAUCAGAGCCAACGCCAUCUCCCCAUCUGGAAGUCCAGGUGAGUCUCCCGGAGCCAGCCCUGAAACAAGACGAAGAGGAUUCGGGAGAUUCUCGUCCAAAAAACUCCACAAGUGAGCAAAAUCCCCCCGUCGGCAUUGACAGUGACCGCAUGAUCUCUCCCAUCAAUGAGGAAGAUGAGUCAGAUGAAGACUUGGGCAAGAAAGAGAAUGACAAUGACAUAAGCGAAGGCUCGGUAGUCUCUGUUGAUGAUGGAGGUAAGGACAGUGGUUUCUCAGACAAGAAGAGUGAGGACGAGGAUGGUGUGCCUGUCAAACAUGUAAAGAAAGAAGUAACUAUGUCGCCACAAACUCAGGCCAAACAAAAGAGUCAAAAAUUACGAAUAAAGAAAACUUUCUUUUAAUUUUUACUUUGUACAUUGUAUUAUACACAGUGGCACAAACUAACACAAAAACGAUAAAAGAGAUGAAUACUGUAUAACAGUACUAAUGUGUUUUGUUGUCUCCAUGUGGAUUUGUGGCCAUUCUAUAUUUGUAAACACACAUAUAUUCGGUUUUGUAUACCAGUAUUAUAAUCGGUACAGAAUAUGGUAAUUAAUAAUAGUUAUAUCUAUAAGUACAACUUAAGCUAGUGCAGCAUAGAGGAAAAAUUCUAAAACGGUUAAAAACUGAAGCUUAUAAAUAUAAGUUAUAAAUUUUACGUAUACAUAAAUAAAUCAAAACAAUCAAUUGGGGAACUAAAAAAAAAGUUUAUUGAUGUAGAUAACAAGAAGCUGUACAAAUUGUAUGAUUUUGACUGAAAUCAGGCGUAGACUGGAAUAUAUGCAUGCCUAUGUUUAAAACUCCUGAGUUAUCAAAAUUUUGUAAGUUUAUCAUGCAUGCACAAUAAUAGAUUUUGUAGAAUACAUUCAUAUCUCCGUUGAAUGAAAUUAGGCAUAGACUGUGGCAUAUAUAUGCAUACCUGUAUUUAAAACUUGGGUUAUCAAAAUUUUUUAACUUCAUAAAUUUUGUAGAAUAUAUGUGUAUCCCUUUUAGCUGCACUGUUUUUCAGUGAUGUGUUUAGGAGGAAGUGAAUGUAAGGAGCAUUAGGGGCACAAUCUACUGUUUCCAGAGGUCAAAUAUAAUUUAAUAUAUGGUGUAUUGAUGGUCUGGAAAGAGAACUCACCUUAGUCUAGUGAUAUCCUCUUAAAUAGUUCAGCAUCCCCUGGCCUACCCCAGCUAGAUUGUCACCUAUUUAAUGCAAGGGAUCGUUACAUAGUGGACUCCAAAGACUGAACCUAAUGGUAAGGUAAGCUUCUAGUGUAGAUUCGCUGGAAAAAUACCAACACGCAUGUAAAAAUGACUUCAUUUUUUUUCCACCGUUAAAUUUACAAACUAAGAGGCGUUUUCCUAUUUCAGCUCAACAGACUAAAAGCUGUCAUGACAUCUUCGCUUAUUUACAGACUAAGAACUGUUAUCCUAUCUCAGCUCAUAUACAGAUUAUGAGUUGUUAUCUUACUUCAGCUUAUUCUAAAUCGCAGUCUCAGCUAAGAUAUACGAACCCUUCCCCAAGAUGCCACCUUCAACAGUCGGCUAACACCUAUUUGCUGCUAGGUGUAAGGAGACCUGCCCAUAGGUCUUGCACUGCCAGGGAAACUAAUUCUGGUCCCUUUGGUUGUUGCUGCGCCCUUGCUGUUGAAUUAUUAUUAUUAUUGUUUUUUAUUAUUAUCGUUGAUUUUUAUUAUUGUUGUUUUAUUAGUUAUUAUUAUUACUGUAUUAAAAGCAAGCGGUAUAUUCAUAUGAGUGAAGGAAGUCUUUACCCCUUCCUUGGAUCUAAAAAUGAAUGACUCUUACGAGUUCACAAGCGUUACUGAGUAUAAUCCCUGAGCUCACAAGCGUAGCUACUAAGCCCUGCUCAAAUUAUCAUUAUUGUAUUCAUGAUGAAGCGCUAAACCCGUGAUGGAUUAGCGACUUAGUGCUAACCUUCUUAUAGUUGUUCUAUAGGACUAGGAUAUCUAGCACUCACUUGGUUCUCUGUUUUAUCUUUGGUAAUGUUGUGUGUAGCUUCUUACUCCUGCAGAUGCUCUACCUCUGUAAUAUAUAUUAAUGUUUAAAUUUGGGCAAUUUCAAAGACAGCAGAAUCAAACUUUAUUAUUCGAGGUUUUGUCAUUUAUUACCCACAGUGGGACUUUAUCAUCCACAGUGGAGCUAUCACCCAUAGUGGGGCUUUAUCAUCCACAGUGGAACUAUUACCCAUAGUGGGGCUUUAUCAUCCACAGUGGAACUAUUACCCAUAGUUGGGCUUUAUCAUCCACAGUGGAACUAUUACCCACAGUGGGGCUUUAUCAUCCACAGUGGAACUAUUACCCAUAGUGGGGCUUUAUCAUUCACAAUGGAGCUAUUACCCAUAGUGGGGCUUUAUCAUUCACAGUGGAACUAUUACCCGCAGUGGGGCUUUAUCAUCCAGUGGAACUAUCACCCAUAGUGGGGCUUUAUCAUCCACAGUGGAACUAUUAUCCACAGUGGGGCUUUAUCACCUAUAGUGGUGUUAAUUUGGUAUAAUAAAAAAUUACUAAACGUGUCAAAAAAUUACCACCUAUGGGCUUCCUUCAUUAUAUACCAAUGUUUGAAUUUUGUCGUUAUCCGUAUAAUGUCCGAGAUUGUCUCACCCAGUGCUGAGAUGUGACAUAGAAAUAAAUAAUGCUUCUGGCAUGAUAUCCAUUACCAGCACGUUAGGUAUACUCCAACUAAAUAGUUAAUCUGAGUUCAUGCAGUCAUUUUAAUAUGAAUACAAAAUGGCUGAUCAAUAAGUGUAUUCGUUAUUAUUUAACGAUGUUAUUGACUUAAGAAUAAUAGAGUACAAUACAUACUAGAAUUUAAAACGGCUCUUCAUUAAGUUUCUGAAAAUUUCAUAAUUACCGUCUCAUCAAGUCAUUCAUUUCCUUGGUAAACUUAUCUAUGGAAGGCUGUUCGAUUUCCAGUAUUUAAUAAAAAAUAGACCUUGUUUUAAA